GAUGAUUGUUCGGAUCUCCUUAUUGGCCAGUUUACUGGUCAUCUCAACCAUCGCAUUUGAAUGCUCCCCUGAUACAAUUCUCCGUAUGGCUACCAACAAACGAGAGAAGCAGCUGGAACGAGAAUGCCACGAACAAAAAACUUCGCAAGCUGUCUGCGAGACCAAGGAGGAGCUAGAAAAGAGCUGGAAGGACUUCCAAAAGGUUUCCAAUGAGUAUAAGGAGGCUGUGACUGCUUGCAGAAAGUAUGUCGAGGAGAAGAGCAGGCCGAAGAGAACAGUUCUCGAUGGUGACAUGGGAGAACCUACUGAGGAUCAAGAGGACACUAAUGAUCAUGCAAGAAGAAGAAGACAUCACAAUCAUGAGGGUCAUCAUGGCAAUGAUAUGAAGCAUCGGGAAAAUAUGGAUCGUAAGAAGCACGGAACACAUGUUGAUCAUCAUGGAAGAGUCCGAAGGAAUGGAGAUCACGAUCCGAAUGAUCCUAAUGUUGAUCAUACUGGCCAUAACCAUAGAGUAAAGAGAAGUAUCGAUGAUGACCCAAGUGACACUACCAUCGACCACACUAGACACAAUCAUAGACGCAAGAGAAACCAAGAUGAUGAUCCGACUGACACAACCAUCGACCACACUGGACACAAUCACCGCCGUCGUAGAUCGGAUGAUCAUGAUCCAAACGAUCCCAAUGUAGAUCACACAGGGCAUAAUCAUAGACGCAAGAGAAACCAUGAUGAUGACCCAAGUGACACUACCAUUGAUCACACCGGUCAUAACCACCGCCGUCGCAGAUCUGAUGAUCAUGACCCAAACGAUCCAAAUGUAGAUCACAUUGGGCAUAACCACCAUAGACGCAAGAGAAACCAUGAUGAUGACCCAAGUGACACUACCAUUGAUCACACCGGGCAUAACCACCGUCGUCGUAGAUCAGAGGAUCAUGAUCCGAAUGAUCCGAAUGUUGAUCACACUGGACAUAAUCAUAGACGUAGGAGAGAUCAGGAUGAUGACCCGAGUGACACUACCAUCGACCACACUGGACACAAUCAUCGUCGUCGUAGAUCUGAUGAUCAUGAUCCAAAUGACCCAAAUGUUGACCAUACUGGACACAAUCACAAGAGGCGACAUGUGAUUGCUUCUCGCUCCCGCCGUACUGUCUGCUCUACAGCUGGCCAUGAUCAGCUCUCCGCGAUGAGCUCAAAGUUCACAAAGCAUUGUGAACGCGAAAAUAUCUGUUUACCAGACGAAGAUCUUCCAAAGGGAAAACAACAGGACGAUAUUCUUGCUCUUCAGAAGCUCCGCGCCAAGAAAUACUCGGAAUAUUUGACUCAAGUAUCCAAGUGCUACGGAAAGCUGUAACCAUAUGGAAAUGAAUAAUUUCAUUCGAAUUUCUUGUAGAAAGAACAAAAUAGCUAAAUUUGUGCACAAUCUGUGAGCAUUAUUCGUGUCUAUAUGCUUACCUACUAAAUGCUUCAAAACUUUGUGUUUGUGUUUCGGUGUGGAAUUGAAUAAUUGAAUAAAAUUUUUAAUUU